AUGGUAUCGGAAUCAAGAGUACAGCACAAAAGGUCCUCCAUCAGAUAUGCCAUCGCGGUCGCCAGUUCACCAUUAAUGAUCUGUGUGUGGCCGUUCCUGUCCAAUCCGAGAGCGACAAACUGGACAAAAAGAACAUCGUGGGGGAAACUGCAACCAGCCGUCACAAAGUCGGCGGGUCUGGGCACGCCGCUCGUAGACGCUUUUGUGAACGAGCGUCCCAUGAGUGUCAAGGCACUUGUCCAAAAAGGCGCCCGGCUCGAGUGCACUGAUUCCACUGGGGUAUACCGCAGCGCCCUCAAGUCGGCCGUGAGACACCCGAUCCGGCAAAGAUGA